AUGCCUGUCACCAGGUCACAAAGACAAAGUAAGGCCCACAGCCGGGGAAAGCACUACAAGCAGGCAAACAUCGUACCAGAGCCAUUCCAACACGAUUCUCUCGAGGACGAUUCGGCUUAUAUUCGCCUCCUCAAAGUGCCUCCUUUCGGACCAGCCGGGUUGAAGCGGUCGUUUCUGCUAUCAACAUGGCCGAWCGAGGGUGCUCCUGGAUAUAACGCAAUCUCGUAUACCUGGGGCGAGGAGACCAUCACCACCACGAUCCUCGUCAACGGCUUUCCACUGAAUGUCAGGCAGACUUGCUACGAUGCCCUGAUUCAAGCUCAUAGUUUCGAUGGUGAUGCUCUACUGUGGAUCGAUGCCGUAUGCAUAAAUCAGAAUAACAAUGUCGAGAAGGCCUGUCAGAUCAAAAGAAUGUUUGAUAUUUACAGAAAUGCCGAAAAAGUGAUUGCAUGCGUCGGCGAGAGCAAUGCAGAUAGCACAUGGCUUUUCGCUGCCUGUAGAUCACUUGCCGGCCUGUCCAGCAGCUCAAAUCUGGAUGUGAACAGUAUCAACGCGGAGAAACGGAUGAUUUACAGACUAGCAGAGCAUCACUCAACCUCAUCCGAUGAGCAGCCUGUAUUCCUCGCACGGCUUCGACAAACGUAUGCCGAGUUCGGCUAUCGGAAAUACUGGAACCGCACAUGGAUCAUACCGGAAAUCUGGGCCGGUGGCGAGGAGGUGACUUUGUUAUGUGGAAGUGAUGCCUUGAAAUUGAACGAGUUGCGAGACAUGGAUUCCAUUCUCAACUCCCCAAAUCCAGGCGAACGUACCGAACACGAAACCCCUCUGACACAUCUCUUUUUUGUCCUCCUGUAUACAAGAACCACAAGAGGAUAUCUGGGAGAUCUAUUAGAUUUGACUAUUCGGACGGAUUGUCAGGAUCCUCGGGAUCGAAUCUACUCGCUUUUGGCUCUCAUCGAUUGGGAAUUCAAUGGGAUGGAACCUACAUCUCCGGACUACACGAUUACGGCGCAGGAGCUGGCAAGGAAACUCUCGAUAAGCUGGGACGACAGUGGUAAUCGACGUAUAUUGAGGGCGCUGAGGAUUGACUACACUUCUCUUGAGAUGCGUGCCUUGGUUGCGGAAAGUACUUUGGCACCCUCCCGCGCUGAAUUAUGA